ACUCCAGACAGCUGUUUGAAGUUGCUGGGCCAGAGCGGAUUCAGCUUCUUAGGGGGGUUGUCGGGAGAGCCCUCUCGCUGUCAGAGGGGCCGAGGCAGAGGGUACAUGGUCCUCCGAGUCCUAGUCGGUGUGCCGAGGAGAGACUGACGGGACAGUGUGGCGUCCUCUGCGAGGGCUCCGGGCUCCACUUCCGGUGGGGCUUAGAGCCUCCUUUGGAAGGCGCAGGCAUGCCGGCACCUGAGCUUGAGGCUUCUCUGUUUCCGCAGCCGCGGUGCUGAACGAAGUGGGAGCUUUGAGAAAUUAAAUAGUGCUUCCUAGAACCAUCAAGAAGGAGAAUGUCUGUGACACUGCAUACAGAUGUGGGCGAUAUCAAGAUAGAAGUCUUCUGUGAGAGAACACCCAAAACAUGUGAGAAUUUUUUGGCUCUUUGUGCCAGUAAUUACUACAACGGCUGUGUAUUUCACAGAAAUAUCAAGGGCUUCAUGGUUCAAACAGGAGAUCCAACAGGUACUGGAAGAGGAGGCAGCAGCAUCUGGGGCAAGAAGUUUGAGGAUGAGUACAGUGAAUAUCUGAAGCACAAUGUCCGAGGUGUUGUCUCCAUGGCUAAUAACGGCCCAAAUACCAAUGGGUCUCAGUUCUUCAUCACCUAUGGCAAGCAGCCGCACCUGGACAUGAAAUACACAGUGUUUGGAAAGGUAAUAGAUGGUCUGGAGACUUUGGACGAAUUGGAGAAGUUACCAGUAAAUGAGAAGACAUACAGACCUCUUAAUGAUGUACAUAUUAAGGACAUAACUAUUCAUGCCAACCCAUUUGCUCAGUAGCUAUAAUAGACCUGGGCAGAUACUCAACUGGAACGUGCCCAUUGUGGUUUAUCCAGUUCUCAUUCUGUCAGACUGAUCCUUCUGGUGUUUACAGUCCUGGGCUCCACGUAGGAGCCUGCAGCUUCACCCACCAUCUGGAGCAUAGUCUGUGCCGCUGCUGGUGUUCAAUAGGUUUACUUUAAAUAGAAAGCAAUGCCUUUUUUUAUUACA